AUGCCGAUAUGUAUCGAAUGUCGCUACCCAGUCAGCAAUCUAUACACGACCUACAGCAAAGCCGAUGACAAGGCCUUGGGAAAGGGCGUUCGCCUGACACAAUGCCCACGAUGCAAGCGCUUCGCCGAUAAAUAUGUCGAGCAUGACUUUGUUGUGUUGUUUAUUGAUUUGGUGUUGAUUAAGCCGCAAGUCUACCGCCAUCUGCUUUUCAACAGGCUAGGACGAGAGGAUGACAAGUUUGACCCCUCCAUCCUCCGCCUCGGCAUCCUCCUCCUGCUCUUCGACGUCUACCUAACCUGGGCCCGAAUCGAAAAAGCAACCCCAACCUCACCAUCCCUCCCCCUCUCGCCACCACCACCACCACCACUACCACCCUUCCCCUCCGGCUCCAACACCACCAGCCUUCCCGACCAAGACUCCGACCACUCCAGCUUCCUCGCCACGCAACCAAUCCUCCUGCAAUACCUCUUCUUCCUCUUCCUCUGCACUCUGGAAACAGCUUCCUUCCACCUCCCAAUCCGCUGGGUCCUGUCCCUCAAGCUGCCUCUCAUCCCGCACUACCCGCAUGCUGCAUUGAUCAGCACAGCACUGCUGGUCAGCUCUUUCACGAAGCUGUUCCCGCUUAUGCUGCUGGUUUGGAAGUAUGAUCUGCCCAGCAGUGCGAGCGCUGUGAGCUGGGCGGUAAUCAUCAAUAAUGUGGCGGCGCUGGAGAUUUUGCUGGAUUGUGGGUACGUCAGAGCGGCGCUGUUGGCGGGCGUGGGUGCGGUGGGGAGGGCGGGAGUUGGAAUGGGCAUACUGCGAGCUGUGGGAGUAGGCGGAGGUGUAGCUGCCGCGGGAGUGGUAGAGACGGGAGAUCUGAUAGAUGUAUGGCGCAGACUCAUGGAGACUGUUGGGCUGGGUUAA